AUGGAUGACAACGGCGCUGAUUGCGAAUCACGCCAGCAUAUUGAACGUCAGAUUGUUGAGCAAGACAGGAUCUCAAUUGUGCAGUAUCCCGAUAUUCGAGCAGGAAAGCCAAUCGCUCAUGCGGAAGUUCGGGACGUUAACUCUGCAUAUGGUCGCAGCAUCAAUGAUGCGGAAAACCCUUAUUCACCAUUCACCUCUCGUAUGGAUUGGGAGAUUGCACAGUGGGCCAAUGAUCUUUUCCAAGUUAGCGAACGCCUUGACCUUUCUUACAGAAAUUCAAGGGAGUUGAAUAAUAUCAUCGAUAAACAACUCCCUGGUCAUCCGAAAUUUCACCACGAACAGAUCAUUGUUGCGGGAGAAUCUUUCGAUAUUCACUAUCGAGACAUCAUGGAAUGCAUCAAGGAACUAUAUGGCGACCCAGACUUCGCGGACUACCUUGUUUUUGCGCCAGAGCGCCAUUACACAAACGAUGACGAAACAGUUCGACUAUACGGCGACAUGCACACAGGUACAUGGUGGUGGAACACCCAGAAAAAGCUUGACGAGCAGCAGCCAGGGGCAACAAUCAUACCUGUUAUCAUUUCGACUGACAAAACUCAGGUGACGCUGUUCCGUAACAAAACUGCAUACCCCGUCUACCUCACCAUCGGAAAUAUUCCUAAGGAGAUUCGACGCAAACCAUCCCGACGUGCUCAUGUCCUCCUCGCGUACCUUCCCACCUCCUGUCUGGAACAUAUCGACAACAAAGCCUCACGUCGUCGAAGUGCAGCAAAUCUCUAUCAUGCGUGCAUGGCACGUAUUUUGUCGCCACUCGAAAAUGCUGGUCUUGAUGGCCUAGCUAUGCGCAGUGGUGAUGGUAUCUCACGCCACUGUCAUCAUCUAUUUGCUUGUUUUGUUGGCGAUUACCCCGAACAAGUGCUUGCUGCCGCAGUCAAAACUACAGAGUGCCCUAAAUGUGAUAUCCCAGCCAAUGAACUACAGAGUAGCACAACUCCCUUUGAGAUACGUGAUCUCAACACCGUUCUUGACGCACUCACUAUGAUUGAUAUCGGAGACCUCGAUUUCGUACAGGCAUGUCGCGACGCUGGCAUCAAGCCCGUCAUUCACCCGUUUUGGGAAAGACUACCCUAUGCCAACAUAUUCCAGGCCAUCACGCCCGACAUUCUUCACCAGCUGUACCAGGGUCUGGUUAAGCACCUUCUAAGCUGGCUCGCGCAGGCAUGUGGACCAUCCGAGAUUGAUGCGAGGUGCCGAAGAUUACCCCCCAACCACCACAUUCGCCUAUUCAGGAAAGGCAUAACUGGCCUCUCUUGUGUUAGCGGCACCGAGCAUGCUCAUAUAUGUUGUUUUAUCCUCGGUGUAAUUAUUGAUGUUCGACUUCCCGGUGGUUUCUCUUCGGCACGUCUUUUACGUGCAGUCCGUGGUCUCCUAGAUUUCCUUUACUUGGCACGAUAUCCGUGCCAUAGUUCAGAGUCAUUAUCUCUCCUCGACGAAGCUCUUGCCCUAUUCCACGACAACAAACAAAUAUUCGUUGACCUUGGCGUUCGAAAUCAUUUCAAUCUUCCGAAACUUCACGCCACUCGUCACUACAUAUCAAUGAUUCGCUUGUACGGCACGACGGAUAACUACAAUACGGAGUAUACUGAACAUCUUCACAUCGACUUAGCGAAAGAUGCCUACCGUGCAACAAAUCACAAGGACGAGUUCGCGCAAAUGACUCAAUGGCUUGAACGCAAAGAGAAGAUCAUACGCCACCAGAAAUUUAUUCAGUGGCGACUCCACAACACUCCUUCUCGUCAUCCUCGACCACCAGACCAAUCAUUUGACCGAACACAAACGUUGACAAAGCACCCAAGUGCUAGAGCUGUGUCUUUUCAACGUUUAAUCUCAGAUUAUGGCGCCACUUACUUUCACGAAGCACUCGCUCGAUACGUCGCGCAACAAAAUCAUUUAGAUGAACCCCUCUCUCGCAGACGUCUCGAAGACCUUGCUGCAAACAUACUCCUGCCGUUUCAUUCUGUGGCUGUCUACCACAAGAUAAAGUGGCUAUCUGUCGAUGCUCGAGGGCAUGGUGACCCACUCAUUACGGUGGAUAGUGUCCACGUCAAGCCACAUCGCACUGGCACUCGCCGACGAAAUGAUGCCCUGCCUGCUCGUUUUGAUACAGCGCUUAUAAGCGACGGCACUGGUCAGUCUGUUGGUGUCGAAGGCUAUCGUGUUGGACAAAUUCGUGCAAUUUUCUCGCUGCGAGAAAGAGAUGCACAGUUAUUAUUCCCUCCGACGAAUCAACCUCCCAAACACCUUGCUUACAUUGAUUGGUUCACUCCAUUUACUUCGGCACCAGAUUCAAGACACGGGAUGUACAAAAUCACCCGUUUUGUUCGUUCGGGUGAGCGAGUUGCUAGCAAAAUCCCUGUUUCGAAUAUUGCCCGCAGUGUACACCUUAUCCCGAAAUUUGGAGCAGUUGCACCUCGUCACUGGACGAGCAACAACGUCCUCAAGGAAUGUGAUGUAUUUUUUGUUAAUUCUUACAUAGAUAGGCAUAGUUUUGUUACCCUUAGGUAG